AUGCUAAAUAGCUUAUCUACAGCCAUUUGCAUUUUUUGAUCAUCUUUUGGCUUUUCAGAUAAUAAAUGCGAAUUUUUCUUUACGAUAUCCAUUUCUUCAAUAACAAUCCUUGGCUUUUUGAUCAAUGCUUCUGAGUAUCUAAUAGGUUUUUCAUCAAUCAAACACUGAAUAAUAGACAAAGGUUUAAUAAUCGUUGUGAAAAUAGAUCUAGAAACUCCUUUAAUAUCACUAUCUCUAGUAUUUGAGAACCAUUUAAAUAGAGCAAGUUUCGCAAACUCUUCUCUCUUUUGUGAGACUGCUGAAAAAUGCCUUGCAAUGGCUCCUAUUUUCUUUGUAGUUUCGUCUUGAUAG